AUGGAUCCUAUAACAACACACGCCCAUUCUCUUCCACCUCCUUUCCACGCGGCAAGAGAUCUCCACCUGCACCACCAACACCAGUUUCACUCCUUACAACAAAACACAGAAGACGAGCAAAGUGGAAGCAGCGGAGGCCUAAACCUCACUCACAAAAGAGAACGUGAAGAAAACACCACCACCAACAGCAACAACAGUGACGGAAAGGAAGGAGGAGGUGGCGGCUCCGGCGAAACCGAGAUUUCAAGAAGACCUCGCGGAAGACCCACCGGAUCCAAGAACAAGCCCAAACCCCCCAUCAUCAUCACGCGCGACAGCGCCAACGCGCUCAAAACUCACGUUAUGGAAGUCGCCGACGGCUGCGACAUCGUAGAAAGUGUCUCCACCUUCGCCCGCCGCCGCCAGCGAGGUGUUUGCAUCAUGAGCGGAACCGGAACCGUCACCAACGUCACCCUACGCCAACCCGCUUCUUCCGGUGCCGUCGUCACGCUCCACGGAAGGUUCGAGAUCUUGUCCCUUGCUGGAUCUUACCUCCCGCCACCGGCACCGCCAGCAGCCUCCGGAUUGACCAUAUACCUUGCCGGAGGACAAGGGCAGGUGGUUGGAGGAAGCGUGGUUGGCGCACUCAUUGCUUCGGGGCCGGUGGUUAUCAUGUCAGCUUCGUUCAGCAACGCUGCGUAUGAGAGACUUCCGUUGGAAGAUGAAGACCCAUCGAUGCCGCUUCAGGGAGGUUCAAUUGGGUCACCCGGCGGUGGCGGUGGCGUUGGUCAACCUCAGACACCUCAGCAGCUUAUGGGGGAUUCCACUGCGCCUCUUUUUCAUGGUUUGAAUCCGAAUCUUCUGAAUUCCGUUCAGAUGCCUUCGGAAACGUUCUGGGCAACGGGUCGCUCUCCUUACUGA